AUGUAUCGAUUAUAUUUCCUUACAAAUAAUCUCAGAUCUUUAUCAUCUAAAUUCUCUUCAUUGCUAGAUUCACUAUCAUUAGUGGGUUCAUCCCUUGAGGACUUUGAGCUUGAAGCAUUGAGAAUUUUAUACUUCAAGACUUCCUCCUUAACAACCCUUUUUUCCUUUUUCUAUUUCUCAAGCUUCUUUUCAUGUUUAUCCAAGAAAUUGAGUUCUUGCUCGUGUUCUUCUAACAUUCCAAACAAGGCAGUGAGAUUAAGUGUUGCAAGAUUCUUGGCUUUCUUGAUUGCGGUGAUCUUUGGUUGCAAAUUCCUAGUAAGAGAUCUCAAUAACUUGUUAGUAGCAAUAACAUUGAAAAUAAGAUUACCUAGUAAAUUUAAAAGAUUAAAAGAUGUGAGAACAUAUUUUGAAUUUGAGCAAUGGUUUCCCCUUGCUUCAUGCAAAAGAGUUCAAACUCUUGAUUAA